AUAGAAAUACACUACAAAAAAUGCGCUAUUUACCGACGGAAUUACCGACAUACACAAAUCCGUCUGUGAUUACCGCCGGAAUACCGAGGGAACAGUUCCGUCGUGCCGUCGCCGAGCUGCAGCCUACGCCGUCGCCGAGCUACAGCCUGCGCCGUCGACGAGCUACAGCCAUCGCCGUCGCUGACCUACAGCCACCGCCGUCUCCUCCCCUCAAAUCGGCGGCAUUCUGUUUUCUCGACUCCACCCUUGUCCACAGCUCUAACCUCCAAUUUUUGAAGAAUUAAGGUUGGAUUUGGGGGAAUUGGUUGAGUUUUUCUUAAAUUGGAUUUGCUAGGGUUCAUUUGAGCGCUCUCUUCCACCACUCUUUUACUUCACAUUUUCACAGAGAUGUUAAUGCUUUGGUCUAACUAAUUUUUCACAGGUGAUCUCUUUCAUGGUGAUGAGGUAUUCUAAAAGGUCUUUAGGUCAUAUAAAGAGAGGAGAAAAUGCAAGAACUACAUACAUACAAUAAUAAAACCCGGUGGUAAUUUGCAGACAUAAUUAUGACAACGAUGAUUGUCUCUUAUUCAACGAGCGGAGCUAGGAGAUUUAUAGCUUGGAGUUGAAGAGAAGAAUUUAGCUCCAAGGGAAUUAUAAAAAUGAGUGGAAAUCGCCAGUGGAUGUAUAGACGUAUACUUCCACAUGGUGAAUUUAAUCCAGAAUUUUUGGAGGGACUUGACAAUUUCAUCAAGUUUGCAAGUGGUAAACCUGCAUAUAUGGAUGGAGACAAAAUCAGAUGUGCCUGUAAAAAAUGUGAUAACAAGUGCUUUAGAGACACAGAUGAAGUAGAGUAUCAUAUUUCCAGGUUUGGUUUCGUAAAGAAUUACCACAUAUGGAGGUUUCACGGUGAAAGAUCAAUAGAACCAUCUGAAAACAUAGUCGAAAACACAGUCGAAAACACAGUCGAAUCAGAAUCAGAAUCAGAAUCAGCUGGAAACAUCGGAAUGGAUUUUGAAAUUGGAGCACCUAGCACUUACCACACAAUGGUAUUAGACGUUGGUGGUCCUCAAUUUAACAAUGAGGAGGCAGAAGAGCCACCAAAUCCUAAUGCCCAACAGCUUUAUGAUAUGUUAGAUGCAGCUGAUAAUGAGUUGUGGUCUGGUUGUAGGAGACAUUCACAAUUGUCAUUUGUGGUUCGACUAAUGAGUCUUAAGGCAGAGUAUCACUGGCCGGAGAGAUGCUAUGAUCGGCUUACUGAGUUGAUAAAAGAGGGGUUGCCCGAUGGGGACUUAUUACCUAAUAGCUAUUAUAAAACCAAAAAGCUAUUGCGUGGCAUGGGAUUACCAGUUGAAAAGAUUGAUUGUUGUCCAAAUAACUGUAUGAUCUUUUGGCGGAAUGAUAGUGAACUACAUACAUGUAGAUAUUGUGGGACUUCACGUUUUAAGGAACAAUCUGAAUCCCACAAGAACAGACAAGUGGCAGUGUCAAAGAUGUAUUACUUUCCUUUGACUCCUCGACUGCAAAGAUUGUAUGCAUCUAAAGCCACAGCAGCAGAAAUGCGUUGGCAUGCUACAUCAAUAGAUGAUGAGGUGAUGCGACAUCCGGCCGACUCUCUAGCGUGGAAGCACGUAAACAAUAUUUUUCCAGAUUUUGCAUCAGAAAGUCGUAACGUGCGACUUGGUCUUUCAACUGAUGGUUUUCAGCCGUUCGGACAAUUAGGACAACAGUACUCCUCGUGGCCGGUUAUUUUAACUCCCUACAAUCUUCCUCCUUGGUUGUGUAUGAAGGAGCAGUUCAUGUUUCUCACAGUUUUAAUUCCUGGUCCACGUAAUCCUAAAGAGAAGUUGGAUGUUUUCCUUCAACCAUUGGUAGAAGAAUUGAAUCAAUUGUGGGAAGUAGGCGUGUCCACCUAUGAUAUUUCAUUGAAGCAAAAUUUUCAAAUGCGAGCAAUGUUGAUGUGGACCAUAAGUGAUUUUCCAGCAUAUUCUAUGUUGUCUGGAUGGAGUACUGCUGGAAGAUUGGCUUGUCCUCACUGCAUGGGAAACACUGAUGCAUUUACGUUGGAGAAAAGUGGCAAACAAUCAUGGUUUGACAAUCAUCGAAAAUUCUUGCCCCAGAAUCAUCCUUAUCGAAAGAACAAAAGGGCGUUUCGAAAGAAUAAGAUGAUUUUAGUGGACCCACCAGAAUCAAAAUCUGGAGAAGAACUCUUGAAUGAGAUAGAAAGAUUGGGUCUAGUUAGAGUGAUGGAGGACUCUAAUGGGAUGAAUAGAAUUUUGUCUAAUCGUGCUAGUUCAGGUUGGAAGAAAAGAAGCAUAUUUUGGGAUCUCCCCUACUGGAAAGACUUGUUGAUUCGACAUAAUUUGGAUGUAAUGCAUAUUGAAAAGAAUGUGUUUGAUAAUAUCUUCAACACAGUGCUUAAUGUCCAAGGGAAGACUAAAGAUACAACUAAGUCGAGGGAAGAAUUGAAUCAAUAUUGUGCAAGACCUGAAUUAAAGCGCGAUGAAACAACAGGAAUGUUUCCAAAAGCUUCAUACACCCUUGACAAUCGUGAGAAGAAGGUCUUAUGUGAAUGGGUGAAAAGUCUUAAGUUUCCGGAUGGAUAUGUAUCUAAUUUGGGUAGAUGUGUGGACUCGAGUAAACUCAAGUUGUAUGGAAUGAAAAGUCACGAUUGCCAUAUAUUCAUGCAACGCAUACUUCCUGUUGCAUUUCGUGAGCUUCUUCCACAAAAUGUUUGGAAAGCGAUUACAGAUUUGAGUAUGUUUUUCAAGAACUUGACAACUCGAGCAGUUAGAAUGGAUGAUAUGUGCAGGCUUAGUGAUCAUAUUCCGAUAAUCUUAUGCAAUCUUGAGCGUAUCUUUCCACCUAGUUUUUUUGACUCAAUGGAACAUCUGCCAGUUCACUUAGCCGAUGAAGCUCGCCUUGCUGGUCCUGUUCAAUAUCGAUGGAUGUAUCCAUUUGAAAGGUAUCUUAAGAGGUUGAAAAACAAUAUAAAAAAUAAAGCUCGAGUUGAAGGCUCCAUAAGCAAUGCUUAUUUGCUAGAAGAAGUGUCUACAUUUGGUUCAUACUAUUUUGAGGAUCAUGUGAGUACCAAGAUAAGGAACGAGCCUCGUAACUGUGGUGGAGAAAGUUGUAGUGGCAUUAACGAGGAUCCAGAUGCUCCUUCUAUUUUCAAAGAAACAGGACGUCCACUUGGAAAAAUGUCAGUAAGAUAUUUGGACAGUUCAGAAUACAAGGCUGCACAUACUUAUGUUCUACUCAAUUGUCCCGAAGUUUCAACCAUUUAUCUGAAGUUGUUUGAAGAUGAAAUGCUAUCAGCAAAUCCAAGACUAUCAGAUUCUGAUCUAGGAGACAUGGUUGACACACAAUUUGCUGAAUGGUUCAAAAGAUUUGGAGGGAAUCAGGGCCCCUCUGACAUGAACAAAUAUAUCCAAGAUCUAGCAAAAGGGCCUUUAGUAAAGGUCAAAACAUAUCAUGGGUAUGUUAUUAAUGGAUAUAGGUUUCACACCAUAACACGUGAGUCAAGUCAAGCCACGAUGAAUAGUGGAUUGUGCAUUAAAGGUGAGAUAUAUGGCAAUGAAGAGAUGAACUUUUAUGGAAGAUUAUUGGAGGUUUGUGUAUUGGAGUAUCCUGGUUUCCCACUUAAGAGCAUCACAUUAUUUAAAUGUGAAUGGUUUGAUCCAUCACCUUCUGGGACAUUAAUUCAUAAGGACUUCGGAUUGGUUUCUAUAAACCACACUCGCAGGUUAUCCAAGUUUGAACCAUUUGUGUUAGCGAAUCAAGCUAAUCAAGUGUAUUAUUGUUCGUAUCCUAGCAUGAAUCAAUCAAGAAAGGAUUGGUGGGAAGUAUGCAAGGUCAAAGCAAGAUCUAAAGUUGAAGUUCCAAAUCCGGUAACAUCUUCAACAGUAACUGAACAACCACCGUUUCAAGAGGAUGAAUUGCAUAUGUCAUUGUUGGAUUGUAACCAAACGAUAGGUGAUAGCAUUCCAGUACUUCAUCCAAAUGGUGGAAUGGUCGACAUCGAUGAUUAUGAUGGAUACCCUUCAGAUGAUAGUAUAAUAAUUUCUGAUGAUGACAAUAUUGCAAAUGAUGAUGAUGAUAUAUGAUAAGAUAUGGAUCGUCGCGUUCGUCAUGCUAUAGGUAGUGGACAGACCAGCAACUCAUCUCAUACAAGACAUACUCAAACGCAGUCAGCACAAACUUCUGGUGAAAGGGAAGAGGAGACCGUUGAAGCAACUUCUACUAUGCUUGAUAGUAGGAUUCCACUUCAGAGGAAUCCAUAUACUGGG